UUGCAAUCAUUCAGGUUUUACCUGUAAUGCGGAUUACACGUUAUCGCUGUGUGUCAUCAACAUUGACCUUCCUCAGGAUAACCUACACACGUCAAGUUCAAAACACGUGCUGAUGAAGAGGAAGGUACCAGGGCGCGUGCCAUGACCACGACCACUGGCUCUGAUCAAGAGGUUCCUUACAUCGAAACAGCGCCACCUACAGAGCAAGAGGGACAUCAGAAAAUCGAACAACAAGAUCAUAUACAAAGUGGAAAACUUAAAGUCAAAACCACGGAAUUGGUCCAGGUCUCCGAAGAGCUGUUCCAGGACUUAAGCCAGAUGCAAGAGGCGUGGUUAGCGGAGGCUAGUCACUCGGACCAAGAGAGAGAACAGUUUGUCCCAGGCUACACAUCGACGGCCAAAACAUCCUUAAAUGGAGUGAGUGGAUGCCUUAAGGUAAAGCCAGAGACAAAGUCCAGCAGUGCCAGCUGCUGUAAGUCUACAAAUCCUCAGUGUUGUCAUAAACCUUCACUGUCAAAGUUUGAGUUUGGGGAGCGGAGUUUUGUCAAUGGCUCAUACGAACAGACCCCAUCACCCACUGAGUCCGUGUGUUCCUCCACCUCAGGAAAAGAGUCCGGCUCUACACUGUCAUCAUCAGGCUCGUGUAGUAAAGAAUCGGUGUGUUUCUCACCACCCACAGAAGCAAGCUGUACCUACUUUAGUCACACAUCCAGGUUACACAGAUCAGAUCCAGAAAGAGGCUACAUUUCUUCAGAGCCCCAGUCUGGUUACUCACACCUCGUGUCUUCAUCUUACGCCCAUCAUUUUUUUAAACAAGAACAUCACGAUCGCAGCUAUGACAUGGCCACCAUCACAAGGAAUCAUGGGUACCCACAAACCCCUUGUGUCCCACCUCCUCCAAUGCAUAUAAAACAGGAGCCAAGGGAACUCUCUUUUGACAAUGGAUUUCCCUGUCCCUAUGACAACAGCAUGCGCUUCUUCUGUCACGAGGCUCCAGAUUCUGCCUAUUUUGAACGAAUACGAGAAAAACAUAGGGAAAGAUUUGAAGGUAUGGAAAUGAAGGCAGAAUUCUAUCGGGACUUUUAUCUUGACCGUUACCAUAGAGACGGGCCCCAUCCGACCUAUCAACGAAGAGGAUCUCUCCAGCUUUGGCAGUUUCUUGUUGUUCUAUUGGAUGAUCCCUCAAACUCAACAUUCAUCUCUUGGACUGGACGGGGCUUAGAAUUCAAAUUGAUUGACCCAGAAGAGGUUGCUAGACGUUGGGGCUUACAGAAGAAUCGACCAGCCAUGAAUUACGACAAACUGAGUCGAUCGCUACGUUACUAUUACGAAAAAGGCAUCAUGCAGAAGGUUGCCGGGGAGAGGUACGUCUACAAGUUUGUAUGUGACCCGGAGGCCCUGUUUUCAAUGGCGUUUCCCGACAACCAUCGUCCAAUACUUAAAACAGACUGUUCCCGCGAAGAGUUUUUCCGUGACCCUGGGAACCAGCCCCAUGAUGGACAACCUUUGGCGAUCGCUGCCUCUAACGGACCAGCAAGUCACAUGACAAACAUGGCUAAUGGCCACAUGAACCCUGGACACUUUUCAUCGGGUCAUAUGACACCUGCACAUAGUUUGACAAUGGUAUCUCCCCCGGUACACUCCCCGAGUGUUCAGUCGCCAGAACAACACAGAUUUCUACAAGAAAUGCAACGCAUGUACAGUUCGGGGCCCUACAUGGAUAAUUGUGUCUACUGAACCCACUACUGUCACUGUUGGCAAUUUUUGUAUGAUAAAAUAUAUACAUUAUACAUGUACAUAUAUGGGUAUCUGAAUCGGUUGAUAUGGAAACAAAUUAAAUGUUGAAUUUUCAUAUGUAGGCAACUUGAGCAGGACUCAAUCGUGACCGGAACAUCCAAAACCGAGAGCUAUUUUCAUGACGUAAUGGUGACGUUUUCAAUGCAUCUUUAAAAAAUAAUUAUGCCAUAAUUUUAGUUGUUUAAGUGCUUUUAAAUAAUAUUUUGAUUGCAUUUGAAUUCUAUUUUGUUAUAACAGGCCUUAAUUAUGUAAAUGUCCUUUCGACCCAAUAAGUCUUCUGUUUCGAAGAUAUUUUUUUUUAUUGUUUUUCUCAUUGAAGAUGUUAGUCUAUAAGCAUCAUUGCAUACAUUCAAUUAAUUUUUAAACAAUAUGUAUUCAAAUGGAGACAUUAAAUUCUAUUAUCACUGUUUUAAAUAAUUCUUCAAGUGUUUAUAAUGAGUUCGACAAGAGACUGAUGGUGGUACUUGUAUAAUAUAACAGCUACAUAUGAAGGUAUAACUGCCAGAAAAAGACAGCAUUUUAUAGAAAGAAAGGGAAGUCAUUAUCAAACGUUUUGGGAAAUUUAAUGUUUGUUAUUUUCCACUUUGGAAUCGGCGCAGUAAUCAACGAGCAGAUACAGUAAAUUUUAUUGAUAACCGCGGAAAAGUGUUGCCAUGGAUAUAAGUAUCCUAACAAAUACCAGGUAUGUUACAUUGAACUUGUGUACAGAUCGUCUUGGUAACCAAUAUAUUACACACAUUCGAUAAUUGUGUAUUUCCUUGUUUGUAAGAGUAUUUUCUACUGAAAUCCGUGUGUGUUGUACAUGUAUAUUAUAAUAUUUUAAUAUGGUACCAACUCGCCUUUAUAUAACCAAGGUUGAACAUGAUAGUUACACUCAAAACGUGAUCAUUUAACUUUUUCUUUAUUUUCCCCUUUGUUUUUAUUUCAAUUACUUGUUUUUGGUGUGGUUCCUUCUAAUUGUUCAAAUUUAUAUUUAACUGAAAAAAACAACCUUUACGCUAAAAAUGUGGGCAAAAAACCUCUUGUUUUGAGUUGAAAUGAAUUAUUUAGUUUCAUUGUUAUAUUACAGUGCCAUAUAUGUUUGAAGCAAUUUUGUAUUCAGUGGUAGAUACAAUUUUCAAUACUAUUUCCAAAUUCUAUGCGUAUAACAUGGUAACACAUUUCAGUAUAAAUAGACAUUUUAAGAAUGAUAUAUAUAUAUAUAAAUAUUUAUUUGAAACUUUGUAUAUUUAUGAAAUAAACAACGCAAUAUAUUGAAUGAUAAAUGAAUAACGAGUGAUUCCUAAGUCAUAUAAACGAUAAUACUUUAAGUGUAUAUAACCGUUUAUUUAUUCUUUGUCGGGGGUCGUUUACUGUCUUCAAAUGUAAUGCUAACAUUAUCCCAUGCAUGUAUCCAUAUAAAGAUGUCAAGUGCUUGCUUUAUUUAGUACUUUUUCUUAAAACACAAACUUACUCUGGAAACGUUUUCAGUUUCUUUAACUUAAUAUUGAUAUAAUUAAUAGUUUUCAUUUAUUCUUGAAAUUUAAAAUUAUCGGCAAAUAUAACAUUUAAUCAGCAUGACAUGAAAUCAACGUAAUUUUUUGUUGUUGUUGAACAUUAUGUUUAUAUUUGAUGACAAACAAUAACUUUGUUAUAUUUGUUGUUUGUUUUAUUAGACAUAUCUGUGAUAAAACUAAAGCAUCGUAAUUUUAUCAUUUCAAGAAAGAUCUUAAAGUUGAAGGUAUGAUCGCGUCUAUCAUUACAUUUGUUCUAUUUCGUCAUAUAUAUAUAUAUUUAGUACACCCCAUUUAUUUGUAUGUUUAAAGAAAUAAUGAAAUGAUAUUGUAAUUUUGAGGUGGUUUAGUUAUUCAUUUAAGAUAUGAAUCUCUUAUUUGUUUAAUUGAAUCUUAUGUAAUGCCGACUUGUUUUAGACCCUCUAUUUCGCAUGGGUAUCAUGUUUAUUUUAAAAAAGAUAGGUCAAAGGGAGGCUACGCUUCCUCAAAGUUAAGGGGAGAUGAAUAAAAUCUCCUUGAUUCAAUGUCAAUCGAAUAUUUAGUGAAAUCCUUCUAGGACGACAGUGAUAUUGAGUUGAUGCUGUGCCAUAUGUCUCGUGGUGUGCGAGAUAAAGCGAGACUAAAUAUACCUGUUAGGUAGGACAGAGAAUACUAUAUAUUCAUAUUGUUGAGAAAAUGUUUGAUAGCUAGUAAUUGCCAUGUUAAAUGUGCUUUUUAUAUUUUUGGUUUACCUGUAUAUCAUAUUGGCUUUUAAUUAUUACGUAUUUAUUUGUCUAUGAAAUUGUAUUUAUUUUAUUUGUAUUAACAUUUGAUAUUCUGCGUUGAAGAUAAACAUAUCUCCUCAUGAAAACCGGAUAAAUGAAUUUGUUCACGUUUUAUUUUAUUAUUGCCUGUAAUAAACUGGAAUGCUGCAAUGCAAUAAAAGUCAUCUUGAACAUUAAAAACAUUUUUUUCGGGAUUUGUUUUACCGAAAUAUUAUAUAAACAUUUAAUCAAGGCGCUACCGAAAUUCACAAGCUAGCAAAUAUUGAACGUUCGUACCUCAUGUUUUGUUAACUUCCUUUUUAAUAUCAGUUCAUUAUUCAAUAUAAAGAAUUCUUUUCAAAAAUCCAAAUAUCACAAAUAAAUAGAGUAUGAUACAGAAGAUGUUUUGGAAUUUAUACUAAUACCAGAAUUUACAUAUAAAAUGUAUAUGACCUGACCAUGAAUAAUAUAUAUUAGAGUGUGUAUGAACUGACUAAACCAGAAUGAAUGUGAAUCGUGACUCAUUUAAAUUCAUGUCUAGGUGUGACUGGAAUUGACAGAAAAAAGUGAAGGGAUGUAAUUGAUCUUGUUGACCAGUAAAUUAUUUCUGUAUUAGGAAUCUGUGAAAUAAAGACUAAAUCGUUGUGUAUAUAUUAUUACAACAUACAACAGGAGAGGUGGUACAACACCUUUAUUUUGUAUUUGGUAUAUUGAUGUGAUUUCAUUAUUUGAAUGUUAUUUCAAUGUUAAGAUAUUUUAUGUACAUGUUUUAUCAUAUAUCACUAUAAUUACUUUUUUUACCGAAUGUUAUUUAACAUCAACUAAGUCAAUGCCAACAUUUGUUUUGAUAGGAAAUGUUAUCACAAUUUUCGCUCAAAAUACAUUUCAUUUCUUUUAUUUCUUGCAAUGGCACAUACUAAUUACAUUUUUUUUAGUUUUGAUCAUGAUUAAAAAAUUUAUUUAAUGUUCUACGUUUCUGUUUUGGAAAUUGGUUCUAUAGGGGACACGUGUUUGUAUUCAACUAUUUACAAGUGUUUCGUUACACUUGUCAAAAUAUUUUUAUUAAGGUACUUUUACUUAAGGGGAAAGGUAAACGGGAAAACGGUGGACCAAAGUCUUUGGUUGAUAUGAUUCAUGUAAAUUGUUUCAGAAUACUUAGAGUACACAUGGAAAAUGGUCGACAGACUUAUUGACAAGUGUCUAAGAUUUCGUGGAAGAGAUGACUGUUACACUAGGAUACCCUAAGGAAUCACGUCAUGUUGCUUUAAUUUAAUUGUUUUUCUUGUAUAAUAUUUAUUGUCAUUUCAAUAAAUGUAGAAUUAUUUAUAGAUUAAAACCAUUUAUAA